UGUUCAGAGCAGCAGAGCGCUCCAUCAGCCUGGUAAGCCGACACCUGUCUGCCACGUUCAUUCCUCCUCGGCGGAUCCACUGCUUUGCUUCGGUCAUGAAGAACAAACAUAACCAGCAGGUGAAGACAUCGGCUUCCAACCGAUUCGACAUGUCCAGCUUUGAGGUGUCUCUCCAGCAACUCAACGAUCUGUUGACGGACGAAAGCGGCUUCUACAGCUGGCCGACAAAACACUUCCAUGAGGUCUACCCGAGGAUAUACGUCGGCAAUGCAUUUGUGGCGACGAAUGUGAUGCGCCUGAAGCGCCUGGGCAUCACCCACAUCCUGAACGCUGCAGAGGGAAACUCCUUCAUGCACGUCAACACCAGUGCUGAGUUCUAUGCUGGCACAGGCAUCAUCUACCACGGCAUACCGGCCAGCGACACAGACCACUUCGAUAUCAGCGUUUACUUUGAAGAGGCGGCCGAUUUUAUCGAGAAGGCUCUGGCAUACAAAAACAAAAAAGGUAAAGUCUACGUCCAUUGCAGGGAGGGCUACAGCCGCUCGCCUACCUUAGUUAUCGCCUACCUGAUGCUGCGGCAAAACAUGGACGUCCACACUGCUCUGGCCAUGAUCCGACAGAAAAGAGAGAUCGGACCCAAUGACGGCUUCCUUCGGCAACUCUGUCGGCUAAACCAGAGGCUGUCCUCUGAGGGGAAGCUCUGGAACAAAUGAGGCAGGCAGGAAAGCAUGCUUAUGCUUAAUCGCACAUCCGUCCUUUCACUUGUUCGACAGCCUGAACGAGCCACAAAUACGUGAGGGAAUGUUGUGGAAGUGAGGAGAGUCGAAAAUGAAAGACUUGUUCUUUCAGACUAAAUGUAUGUUACAAAACAAUGACACAUACAGUAAAUCACUGGGUCCGCCUGCUAAACAUGGAAUGUAAUGUGUAAAUUCGGGUACACUGAAUUCCCAGCAUGUUUACAGGGUCUCACGUCUGUUGUGAAUAUUACGUUCAUCUGAGUUCACCUCGUACUUUUCAGAUCCAGUCUGUGUAGCGUAAAUGUUUUCCUGUUGCUCACUGUUUCAGAGAACAUUUUAAGAUUAAGAAGUAAAUGUUUAUAUACAUUUAUAUAUGUUUGAAGUGGUGAAAAUUUAGAUAGUAUAGUGCUGUGUGAAACUGUCACCGCCUUUUCUCAUUGAGGCUUCCUUUCUCUUCCGCCCUCAUGGCGUCGAGCCCUUAGUGUUGGCUUCUCUCCUGAAAACACUGCCAAAUGUCUCAGUGCCAGCUGCUCCUGAAGGGGACUUCAAGUGGACACUGUGAUUUUUUUUCAAAUCGAAUCAAUGAUUUUAUUGCACUAGUUGGAAAUAUAUAUAUAAUAGCUAUUUUUCAACUUCUAAUACUCUGACACUUAUGUACAAUAUAAAUGUUUAGUAUAUGCUUUAGGUAAGUGCACAUAUUCUGACCUCACAUCUGAUAGCCUGCCUCAAAAGUAUUUUUCAGUCUAAACAUCAUUCUACAAUUAUUGUGCUUUAUAGAGAAAUGUUAAAAUAUUUUACAUUGCCAAAUAGUUACCUUUUUAUUAAAGAAAAACUAAUGUACUUUAAUAUUAUUGGAUCUGCUAAAAAUAACUGUACUUAUUUAUGAGAGUUGGAUGAAAAGAUUAACUGUAAAACACAAACCUAUAGCUGCCAGUUAGCUUAGCACAAAGGAAAAUGCUACGCUGUAGCACAGUAGCUAAUAUAAAUAUGAGAAACAUUAUAGUUGGACAUUUUGGUACUUAGUAUUUUUGUAGAAAAUUAAACAAACAAGGAAAAGCAUGUUAAAUAUUGAGCUUUACAAUUUUGUGUGUACCGUUAUGUAAAGGUAGGCUCCUUUGUUUUGUUUUUUCUUUUUCUUAUUUUUUUAAGCUACGCUAGCUACCUGCUAAAAGUAGCUUUGUACAUGUUUAGUAUACAAACACGUGGUAUCGGAGAACUUCUAAUACAGAGUUCAUCAGUAACAUCCUCCCUUUUUAUAAUGGUUUAGGUUCCAUUUUUACCACUGAUGUUUCAGAAAAACCUUAUAUAUAAACUUUUGGGUCAUGAAUCAAGCUAACAGGCUACAAGAUGAAUCAUGACCAUGAAGAGAUUUGAUUUUAAUCCCACUGCAAAUACCAGAUACCACAGGAAAUGAUCCUUUUCAAUAUCACAGCGUUGUAUAAUAGUUAUGAGUAGUUAAGAAUAUAUUUUGUAGUUCUCCUGUGUGUGUCGUGGAGUAUAGCCUAAAAAAUGAUAUGAUCCAGUGCUUCAUUUGUUGCUGCAAUCACUGUUCUCACAAUUUCUGAGAAUAACCCCCACAAAUCUAAAAUUUAAGGGUAUCCAUAAAUCACAUUUUUCAAAAUAAAAGGGAUAGAGAUAAGCGGUACCAUUCCAUUUUUAGUUCUUUUAGCCGUUGAACUCCUUUCGCUUGCAGUCACUGAGGACCAUCUUGCAAGUGCCCUCUGUUGAGCUUCUAACUGAAAUACAGCUAAAUGAGAUUAACAGGACAUUGAAUUGUGCUCCCUUAUUGGCCCCAGUGGUAUCAAUCCAUUCAUCUAGCUCUCAUCAUGACCAUGAAACUAUUUUUCAAAAUGUCAAACUCUUCCUUUAUUGUUCGCUUUAGGAGAUCAUUUGAAUUCUUCCACUUUGUAACUCUGUAAUUGUAAACUGAUUGCAGUGUUAAUACUGCCAGAACACGACAAUUGUUGCUUCUCAGUCAACGCCUUUUACACAUUUGUAUGUUCAUAUGAGUGUUUUUGUCACACUAUAUCUAGUUUUAUAUUGUACGGCAGCAUGUCAAAGUAACACUUUUAGCCCUUUGUACACACAGCUGUAUAUCUGUGUAUAUCUGCUGAGUCAUGGUGUGCAAUAUUAAGUGUGCAUUAUUCCUCAUAAUGUGCAUUAGUGUGCCUGUGACUUGUGAAUCAUCAUGUGCAUUACUGAGUAGUGGUGAUGUAACUGGUCAUGUCAGUCAGUAGACUUUCCGUGAGUCUCACAGAUGAUGACACUGCUCUUAUGAAGUGCACUUUAUCCAAUGACACUGGUGAUUGUUGUAGCUCUCUUUCAUAUAUUCAUAAAUAAAUAAAUGAAGUAAACAUGGC